AUGCCGAGGGAGCUCCUUGGCGAGGUCGUGGUUUUGCUCGCGCGUCGGGGCUGUCUGGGGGCGGCGGCGGCACCAUCAUGGCUUUUGACUCUCCUCUUCGAGGCCCGGGAGCGAAUCGAGGCGCUGGCGGCUGCGGGCCUGGGAAAUGCGGCGGGUGAUCCCGCCGAGCCAACCGCGCUCCGUGCGGCAUGCCAGACGAGGUGGGGCGGGAUGACCCCUGAUGCAAUCAUGAAUCCCUCGCAGCGCGUUAGGUGGGCGGGCUGGAGGCUGGCUGAGGACAUCGUGCGCACCGUAUACGCCCUGCAGGCGCUCGGCAAGAAUGUCGGUCAUGCUCCUGGUGGCGGGGAAGGCGUCGAGGGUGGUGGGGCCUUGUGGUCAACUGGUGGCGCAGCGGAUAUAGGUCUUGCAUCCCGUCAAUCGUCUCCGUGGGUCUUUUUUUCAUUCCGAUUUUUUGUCCAUUGUUUGGAGAUAGCGCUGCAUGAAUUGGGUCUGCUGUGUGGUCAGGGCAAGGCAGGUUUAUCGCCACCCGUAGCCCCCAAUACGGCGGUCGCGGGCAGACAACCAAACCGAGAACCUCCGGCGGCUCAGGUUACGAGUGAAUCAGAGGGAGCAGAAGCACUCGGCGCUACAGAAACCUUAGCGUUAGAAGCGAGGGGCCAGGACAAUUUGCAUUCCUCUUUCUGUGUUGAUGUUCUUCUUCAGACGUGCUUUUUAAUUAAGCAACACGAGGAGUUCCCUUUAGUACCCACAUCAUUGCAGAAAAGUACAUUGUCAUUACUGUUGAAGGGCGAAGGCGAAAAGAGAGAAGCGUUCUCCAGAGGGGGGGCGCACGCGUCACAACAAGUGGUUGAUGAAAGCGUAGACGAAAACAGAAUUAAAAUACCCUUAGAGCAUCGAUGGCGUGAGCUUACUCAGAUGGUAUGUUUGAAUGUCGCAAGGCUGCGCGCACACGAUGUUCGAACAGCGAUUCUCGUCGAUGCGUUGCUAACAUGA